AUGGAGCAACAACUUGUAUCCACGUUAGAGCAAAUCCUCAACCAAAACCCACUCAAUAAACCUCUCUCUCUACACACCCUAUGUCUCGCCCGCUCUCUCAUCACCAACCCUUUUAUUUCCCAACAAACAAUCUCUUCCCUCCUCAAAACCCUAACCCUCACUCUCCAAUCACUACCCACCCAAAACCCCCUAUCUCUUCACCACAUUUUCUCUCUCCUCUCCGAUCUCUCCAUCCACCAACCACAACUAUGUCCCCAAAUAUUUGCCACCAUCCAUUCUUUUUCUCUCCUCCCCACCACCUCAACUCGCUCACUCGCGGACUCUCUCUGUCUCCUCAUCUCUCUCUCCGAACGCAAUCAAGCCUUUGUUCCGUCUCUCGCAGACACCACUGAGAGUCUCUUUCUAUCGCUCUGUUUUCGUCCUUGUGUAUCAGUCCAGCAUUGGCUAUUAAAAACUGUGAAUGAAUUUCAUGUCAGACCGAGUGUCUUGAUUAUGGUUUUGUUAGGGUUUACAAAGGACCCCUAUCCGUAUAUACGAAAAGCUGCUUUGGAUGGACUGGCUGGUUUACCUAAGUCUGUGAUUGUUGACGAUCAAAGCCUGAUUGAAGGUUGCUAUGUUCGUGCGGUUGAACUUUUAUAUGAUAUGGAGGACUGUGUGAGGUGUUCGGCGGUUCGGACGGUUAUUGAAUGGGGGCAAGUGCUUGUGGCAUCCAAUGAAGACCAACGGAAAAAAGAUUGGUCAGAUUUGUUAUUUGUACAGCUCUGUUCAAUGGUGAGGGACAUGAGUGUUAAGGUUAGGGUGGAAGCUUUUGAUGCUCUUGGGAAGAUACCCACUGUAACCGCGGAUGUUCUAUUACAAACCGUAUCUAAGAAGGUUCUGGAGAUCAAUAAGAAAAAGAAAUAUCCUGGCCAGUUCACUGCAAAACAGUUUGAAAUUCCAGCAUCGAAUGCUGCAGGAGCUUUUGUACACGGGCUGGAGGAUGAAUUUUAUGAGGUGCGAAGGUCUGCUUGUUUUUCCUUGCGUACACUCACCAUCCUCUCUUCUGAAUUUGCUGGCCAAAUCUUAAAUUUAUUAAUGGAUGUGCUGAAUGAUGAUUCAACAGUUGUACGCUUGCAAGCUAUGGAAACAUUGCAUCAUAUGGCAAUAUUUAAGAAUCUAGAGGUCCAAGAAGCACACUUGCACAUGUUACUUGGCACUUUAGUUGACACAAGUACCUUAAUAAGAUCUGCAGCAAGGAAAAUACUUCGAUUAACCAAGCUACAUAAUUUGGAUAUGUGCAAAUUAUGCCUUCAUGGCCUGAUAGAAAAUUUGGAAAUGUAUCCACAGGAUGAAGUUGAUGUAUUUGCUGUUUUAUUUAAUAUUGGUCGAAGUCAUGGGAAACUUGCUUCCAGCGUCAUCGAGGAGGCAUUUCAGGAGAUAGAACCUUCUUUUGAUGGCAAAUUGGGAUUAGAUAGUGCAAGAGUGGCUUCACUUCUAGUGCUUGGCAUCUCAACUCCAUUCUCUCAUGAACGGCACAUUUGCAGUAUUCCACCGAUUAUGUUCUCUUAUGCGGUUACUUUGCUAGGUAGAAUUUCUCGGGGUUUGGCUGAUGUUAUGAGUCAAGAUACCCUUUUGGCUUAUUUGACUCAUUGCAGUAGAUCUUCAGUAUUCUCUGCAUCGGAAUUUUUCAAAGGGGAAGAGCCAGUCUCCCCUGUGGUGAAUGGUGAUCCUCCAAGUGUUACCUGCACUUCGACAAGUAGUCCUGUUGGGAUGCACUUGCUGCAAAUCAGUGAUGGGUUCUGUGAAACAGAUUCUCAGAAAACAUAUGGGCCGAGGGAAGUCAUAACUCCACCUGUAGGCUACCAGCUGGAGGUGCAUGAUGAAGUAACAAAUUUUUUGAAGUUUAUCCUUGCCAAAAUGAAGGAUAUUUGGACACUAAUACAAUUUGGGUGCAUGGAUGAUGUAAUUAGGACAUUGAGGAGCUGGAAGGAAGAGUUGGCAACAUAUGCCACUGACUCACUUCAGUCUGCUGGUGUGUUGAGUUUUAUUUCUAAAUAUCUUCAGGUUGUCAAACUGCUUGGAAAGGUAUGGGUGGAUUUUUUGUCAAUAAGAAAGCUCCAGCUGAAUGCAUUGGGAGAGUUGGGACCUGUUUUGGGAAAAUUAGACAGAAGCCUUAGAGAUAUGAGGUACAGGUUCAUAGGGUUGAGCAAAGAAGAGGAGUUGCACAUCUUGGAGCUGAUACUUAUCACUUAUACUCUGAGGUUGUCUUAUGUUGGAGUCGGCUGUCCUCAAUCUGCUUUGAAGAAGCUAUAUUCUACAAUAUCAAGAGUAGAAUUUCUGCACGAAGAAGGAUCCAUUGAACCUUCAAAGUUUGUGAUUGAACUUCGGAAUUCAUUGCGUGAAGUUGGCACCUGUGAUGAUGGGGAUUCCUACAGUCCAUUUUUGUUUCAGAAGUUACUUGAAUUUUUCUCGUUGAAGCAAUUUAUGUUGUGUGGAGAACUUAAACAUGUCUGGGCCGAGCUGGAUGCUCAGGGCAGUGACUUUGAGGACCCUCUUCCUUUCAUUGCUGGACUACCUGUUGGUAUACCAUUUGAGGUUACUUUGUAUAACUUCUUGAGUGAGACUAGGUUGUGGCUGAGAAUGAGACUUGACAAUGAGUUGACUCAAUUUGUUUUCCUGGAUUUGAACCAAUUUGAAGGGUCUGAUGAAAUCAGGAAAUUUACAUUUGUUGCACCCUUUUAUAAAACCCCCAAAGCAAGUUCUUUCCGAUUGAGGUUCUGCAUAGGUUUGGAAUGCUUGUCUGAGGAUGUUCAUGUGGCCAACUAUAGUAGGGGGCCAAAACAUGAGCUUGCUUAUCUUUGCAAGGAAAAAGACGUGCAUCUGUCCAUGGUUGUCAAAUAG